UUCCACUGCUGUAGUCUGGAGCCCAACAGCUCUGCCUUACUCUUGGGUAGUUCCAAAUCCCUGACAAGGUCAUUCAGUUCACCUUGUGUUAUGAGGUGUGGUUCAGAGGAGGAGGAUGGGAGAAAAUGUGGGUCCUAUGACACUGAUGGUUCAGGACCAGAAGUUUCAUCCUCUUCCUCUUCCUCGUCUGACUCAAGUGAGAAUGAUUCUGGUGCAUCAGGAACCGGCAGUCCUUCUCCGUGGGGUACUGGGCGUAUAGCUGAUGGAAUGUUUGGAUAAUGCACAGUCCACUUUUUCUUCUUUGACACACCUUUCCCAACUGGAGGCACCAUGCAGAAGUAACAAUUGCUGGUAUGAUCUGUUGGCUCUCUCCAAAUCAUUGGCACUGCAAAAGGCAUAGAUUUCCUUUUCCUGUUCAACCACUGGCGAAGAUUUGUUGCACAAGUGUUGCAGCAUAUGUGUGGGGCCCACCUCUUGUCCUGAUCUCCAAUUUGGCAGCCAAAAUAAAGAUGAUAGGCUUUCUUAACCAUAGUGGUUAUACUGCGCUUUUGUGAUACAAAAGUCACUUCACCACAAACAUAGCAGAAGUUAUCUGCACUGUUCACACAAGUACGAGGCAUCUCUGCUCACUUUGGCUAAACAGAAAUGUGUCCCUUUGCAAAAUCAAACACUGACAAAGAAGAGAGCACGACACUGUAUGAUUUCUAGAGCUGAUAUAGGGCAAUUUGUUCAGCAGAGUGAUUCAUGUAAGCUUCGUUAUGAUUGCAUCAUCCAUGACUUCUAGGAAUAACAUGAUGCAAUUCAUAUCAUGUAUGACACAAUACCAGCUUCAGAUUGCAUCCUUCAUUGUUUUGCCUAAAAAGCAAGUACUGUCCAAACCCAGUCAUAGAUUUAUUCAUAGAUCCAGUCAAAGAUGUAUUUUAGUCAUUUCUGGUUUAAAUUGAGAUCCCUUCCCUUUAUAACUCACUUAUCCUCCGCCAUUCCCAAGUCAAGGGUCGUAUAUACUGACCCAAUAGCAUAUCUUGAAAACUAGAGCCAAUCAACAAUUUUAAGCAUCAUUUUCGUUCUCAGUGACCCAGAAUUAGUAAAGUUGGACUACAUUUAUUUCAGAAGCAUUUUGGCUGUAGAGCAGUGUAAUCUAAGUACAGACCUCUUUUCUCAACCUAUGUAUUAUAUAAUUAUUUUAACAUUAGGUUUAACAAAAUUUUUAAUUCUAUUCUAUUUAAGGUCUUGUCUUUACUAAAAAGUUAGGUCGAAGGAGGGUGCCUUAAGUCGACCUGUUAGUGUAUGUAUCUACACUACCAGGUCCUUUAUGCUGACCUAAAUUGCCUCUAAUGUCGACUUCUGUAAUCCACCUCUGUGAGAGGCGUAGCACUUAAUUCGAUUUUCAUGGGUCGACUGCGAGGUAGUGGAGAUGCAGCGUUGUGUAAUUUGACUUAAUGGGCCUCCAGAUGGUGACCCACAGUGCUCAUCUGUGACCGGUCUGGAGAGCAUUCUCAACUCUUCUGCACUGCAAACAGGUACACAGGAAAGAGCCCUGUCCCUGCUAAGGCCCCAGGAAUUUUUGAUUUCCCAUUUCCUGUUUGAUCAGCAUUGGGAUUAUGCUAGCUUGAGCACAGCUGAUCAUGGAGACUACAUGCCCCAAAUAUGCUCCAGCCUGGUCUGCACAGGAAGUAGUGGAUCUCAUCACUGUGUGGGGAGAAGAGUCUGUGCAGGCAGAACUCCGAUUCAGCAGAAAAGACGCUGACAUCUAUGCAAUGAUUGCUCAUGGAAUGGGGGAGAAGGGCUACAUGAGGGACAUACAGCAGUGCUGUGUGAAAAUAAAAGAACUUUGCCAAGCAUACCAGGAGGCAAUGGAGAUGAACAGUUUUUCUGGUGCUGAAUCCCACACAUGCCGGUUCUACAACGAGCUGCAUGUGAUUCUCAAGGGUGACCCUACCAGCAGCCCCACAAGCAACAUGGACACCUCCCAGGUGUGUGAGUCUAGGGACAACAAGGAGAACGAUAUGGUGUAUGAGGAAGAGGAGGAGGAGGAGAAUGGGAGACAGAUGAGUGGUGGAUCCAUUUUCCCUGAGAGCCAGGAAAUAUUUUUAACCCUGGAGCUCUGUGGGUUGCAGGACAUCACGGUAGCCAACCAUGAUGCUGGGGAAGGCACCUCUGCUGGAAAUGUGUCCUUUGGCACGUCAUCAAUACCUGAAGGCAGACUUUCACUGAUUAGAAGGAGGUGAAAGAGAAAGCGGGAGGACAUGUUCACUGAGAUAAUGAAUGCCUCCAGGACAGCUGAGACAGAGCUGAGAACGUGGAGGAUUUUGCUGUCUGAGAAGUUAGACAUGGACAUGGAGAGCAGGAAAACUUCCAGUGAGCAAGAGUGUGUGGCGCGGGAUGAGAUGCUUCGGAUUAUGAGAGGCCAUGUUGAGGCAUCUGGUUAAACUGCAGGAACAGUAGCAGGAGAGUACAGUCACUUUGUAGACCCUGGUGGACAGCCAGCCAGCAUCGUCUGGCACAGAAUCACCCUCCCCCAAGGGUUCCCUGAGGCGUGGGCAAAAAGUCCAUUAUCCCUUUCAGUUAACUCAGGUGGAGGGUACAAGGAACAGAAAGUGCCCUUUCACAGACUUUGAUGGUCUGGAAUGUGGUAUUACGUUAUACAGCUGAAAAUGUUUCUCCCGUUUCAACUUUACAACCCCUUUUCCCCAAGGUUACCUUUAUUUUCUGUUCCC